AUGGGGAAGGGUCGAGAAUGGAGCGCGGAGGAGACGAUUCAGCUGUGCAGAUCGUGGCUGGAGACAUCAGAAGACCCCAUUCGCGGAGCCGGUCAAAAGAAGGGUUCGUUCUACGCCAAAGUUUAUCAGCAUUGGCUUGCACAGCGAGGGGCUGGUGCAGACGAGCGAUCGGAGGCUGCAGUUUCUGGUAGGUGGAAGAAGCUCCAGCCAGAAGUGACAAAAUUCGAGGGCAUCUUCUCAAAGCUGAAGAGCAAGGAACGCUCUGGAUGGAAUGAGGAGAUGUUCGUAAAGUCAGCAGUAUCGAUCUACGGGGAGCGGCACAAGCAGCCAUUUGAGUUUUUGGAUGCUUGGAAUGAGCUUCGUGACAAACCCAAGUGGACACAACGGCUUACUACUUCGAGCACUACGCUAGGAACAAAACGCAAAAAAGAAGCUGUGCCAAGACCAGAAAGCCAGAAAGCUGCGAAGGCUGCUAAGAUUGCUGGAAGUGUCGGCAAAGAUGGUUUGCCAACCGAUCUGCAUCUACGAUUUGUGGCAGCGUCGGAAAAGAAGGCUUUAGUGAUGGAGAAGCAGUUUCAGUACAGCAUUUUCAUGCAGGCUCCGGACAGCGCAGAGUCCCAGGAAUAUUUUGCCAUCCAGCGCCAGGCAAUUUUGGCCCAGCUUCGUGCAUCUACUUGUGACGCGCUGUCAAAGGAAGGCGAUAAAGAGAGCCGUGACGCCAAUGCAAACUCAGAAACCAUUGGCGAUUCCUUCUUUAACCAGCUAUCAGACAUGCUCAAUUAA